UUUGUCGCCUCUACGUUUACACGUCUACAACACGAGCGAGUUACAACGUAAUUAAAAUCAAAUUCCAAAAUAGCUGCGGUAUUAAUAGAUCUUUGUCUGAUGCAUGAAUUACUGUACGUCGAUCAUAUACUGCAGGCUGUGUAAAAUCGCAGACGCCUCCUUCGUUAACAUAUCCACCUAUACAACCGCGAUAAAACGUAUUUAUUACCUAUUCAUCUACAUAAAAAAGCCGAUAACAUUAUCUUUCCACGUACAGGCAACAUUAUAAAACGGUAUUUAGCUUCAGUGAGUGAACCAAAACGAUAGAAGUAAAAAAAAAACUUAAAACAAGUUACAGUUUUAUGACUAAAAUCGUUGACGUGUUCAAUGUUGGAAAAGCAGGUGGUGAGAUAAAUCCGCUUGUUUUCCUUAUCAAGAUUACCUUACCUACUAUAGUGAUAAAAAUAUCCGACUAAAACUAUAGUUGAGUAGGUCUCAUUGUCACGCGGCAGCCGGCGCAGCGCGAUUACAAUUCACAUUGCGAAGGCAAAAUGUGGCAAAAGAUAUUUACCACCGUGAAAUACACUUUAGUGUUUAUAAAUUUUCUGUUCUUGAUCACUGGGAUUAUUAUUCUGGCGGUCGGCAGUUCCGUGCAGCGGGCGUAUAAUGUCUACCAUGAGUUCUUGUCUGAGAGAUUCUUCUCCUUGCCUGCCUUCUGCAUCGCGACUGGCAUCAUCAUCUUCCUCAUCGCCCUGGCAGGUUUCUACGGAGCCUUCAUGGAGAGCUACCAGAUGAAUAUGGCGUUCGCCGGAGCAAUGAUCUUAGUCUUCGUAUUCCAACUGUCAGCUUGCAUAGCAGGGUACGCGCUGAAGGGCAACACCGUGGUCCUCAUCCACGACCAGCUGCGGAGCACCAUGGAGCUGUACGGGGUCAACAAGAGCCUGGAAGUCACCACCAUGUGGGACAAAGUGCAGAGAGACUUCGACUGCUGCGGCGUGGACAACGCGAGCGACUGGCUGGUUCCCCUGGGCACUACUGCCACCACGGGGGUGCCGAUGUCCUGCUGCAGGCAGGUGCCGGGCACAGUGAACACUGCCACGUGCAACACCACGGUUGCCGUCAACCUCGGGUGCGGGCCCGCGUUCGGCGCUUGGGCCAGGAGUCAUGCUGGGUCGAUAGGUGCGGCUGGGGUGUUUGUGGUUCUUGUACAGGCUUUAGCAGUAGGUGGGGCGGUUUGGAUAGCAAAGAAGUCACGAGAAGACACCUAUAUUCCGUAACCUGCAUUUAACUAGGAUUAACUUAGCACAUAGCUUAAACUAAUGACUCGAUGCAAAAUAAGAAGGAAAGUUGCCAACAACUAAAAAAGUAAUUUAUUGCCAUUUUAAUUAAUUCAAAUUCAAAUUCAAAUUCAUUUAUUUCUAAAGUUUACAAAAACAUUGUCUACAGGUAGGGUCCCAAGGCGACAAUGCUUAAAUAUUCAAUAGAUUAACAUUAUAAUAAAAAUAUGAUUAUGUCAUGUUUUAAUUAUACAAUGUCAACAAUGUUUAAAAUUCUAAUAAAAAUCCUAAAGUAUAUUAAUGUCGUGGCUUACACGUUGAUACUUAAUAUAUGUAUAUGUGAAGCAAUUGGAAAUAAUAAAAUAUUUUAAAGGUACUUACUUAUAUUAUAAAAGAGUUAAGAGGACAUUUAGAAUACUAUUGAUAAUCUUUUUAUUACGACAUACCUAUAUAAAAUAAGCUUGCGACUAUUAUUAUCUUUGUUGAAUUAUUUAUUGCAAUAUAUAUACAGGGUGUUAGUGACAUCGUAACGAAAACUUUGAGGGAUGAUUCGGACCAUGAUUCUGAGUUGAUAUCGUGUGGAAUUAAUUUAAAAAAACGAAAAAGGAAUAUCAUGAAUUUUGCGACGGAAAAUUUCACUUUAUAUUAUAAACACACUUAAUAAACUAACUAACUUAUUACUAACUUUCACUUUAUUAAGUACGCUGACUUGCAGCAGCAAUAUUCGUUUGUCCCUUUUGCGGUGGAGAAGGGUGGACCAUGGUGCGAGGAAGCUAAAAAGUUCGUUAAAGAACUAGGGCGACGUCUGCGAGAUCGUGGUGGCGACCCCCGCUCCGGAUCAUAUAUAAAGAUAUAUUAACUCAGAAUCAUGGUCUGAAUCAUCCCCCUCAGUAUUCGUUACGAUGUCACUAACACCCAUACCUAUUUGUAUGGCUACCUGUACGUACUGGUAAGGGGUGUAAGUGACAUCGUAACGAAUACUGAGGGGGCUGACUUAGCUCAUUAUUCUGAGUUAAUAUCGAGUGGAAUUUUCCAUCGCAAAAGUAUUGAAUUGAAAAUAAUUUAAUAAAACGAAAAAAUAUACUUAUCAUGAUUUUUGCGACGAAAAAUUCCACUUGAUAACUCAAAAUCAUGGUCUGAAUCAUUCCUCUGAGUAUUUGUUACGAUGUCACUAACAGCCUGUAUAACAUUGCAAUGACAAUUAUUUAUUACAAUUCUAUACAAAAUAAUUCUCAAAUUGGGUUAGAUUGAUUGAUUGAUGAUUGAAUUAGUAUGAUAAGUCCAUCGCAUGAUGAACUAGGUAGCUAAGCGCCACCGAGCUUUCUGUUAGACCAGCGUGAUCUUGGUAAGUCGCAUAGCCGCGCCGUCGCCGCUACGAGCCAACUGUGUUAGUGAAAACCUACGUUAUUGAUUGAUAAAGGCAUGAUAAAAGUCAAUAGUUUCUAAAUACCUGUUAGGUACCUAUACCAAUAAUGUAACUACAAUAUAUCUAGUCUAUGGCACAUUAAUAUAACUGCACAUAACACUUAUUGUCAAAUAUACGAAUAUUUUGUUUUAAAUUAAAUAAUUUAUGGUUGUUACGUUAUGGAAUAAAUAUUUUUAAGAUAAA